GCGACAGAAGGAGAACUGUCAAAAUUUUCUGGAGAAUUCGAGUUCAGUCACAGAGUAAUUACAGAGUGACAACUUCUUAGAGCUCCAAGACGAAUUCAUCGUGCAAGCCAUUACUUACAGACAGAGUCGCACGUAAGAUGAUGCACUCGACUGAAGAUGAGCAUCCGAGGACAGGAGAGGAACCGAGCUGUCCAGAAACAGACAACAGAGAGACAGGAGCACAACGGAAGAUUCACACUGCUGAUAGGCCACAGGAAACAUCUUCUACACCGGUACCGAAAAGGCAUAAACCAAAACAUGGUCUCGCUGGUAAGACUAAACGUGGACAGAAUUCGAAGCAGAAAAAACACAGCUGUCCACAUUGUGAGUAUGAAGCUAGCAGAAAAGAUGCUUUGACACAACACAUCAGGACUCACACCGGUGAGAGACCAUUCAAGUGCCCGCAGUGCGACUACUGUGCAGCGCAGAAGGCCCAGCUGCAGCGACACGUCAUGUGUAAACACUCCGGUGUGAGACCCUAUCACUGUGGCUACUGCGACUUUUCGGCGGCAAGGAAAGAUGGUCUUUUCGUGCACGUGCGAACGAUACAUUGCGGCGAGAGGGCUUACAAGUGCACCUAUUGCGACUAUUCUGCACAGCAGACGGGUCAUCUAAAAGAGCACAUCAUGGCUAAACAUACCAACAACAGACCGCACAAGUGCACCCUGUGCGACUUUUCUUCAGUCAGCAAAAAAAGCUUAAAGCUGCACAUGACUAAACACACCGGUGAGAAACCUUACAGCUGUGAGCUGUGCAGUUAUUCUGCCCGUGAAAGGUCUUUGCUGAAGCUGCACAUGGCUAAGCACACUGGGGAGAAACCUUAUAAAUGUAAAGUCUGUGACUAUUCUACUGCUGUAAAGGCAAGUUUGAAAUCUCACAUGGCCACACACACUGAUGAAAAACCAUACAACUGUGCUAUGUGUGGUUAUGCUGCAGUGAGUAUGAAAAGGCUGAAACGUCAUAUGGCUGUUCACACUGUGGAGAAACCUUUCCAUUGUGAGCACUGUGACUUUUCCACAGUAAGAAAACCGGACCUGAAGCGACACAUGGCCAGGCACACUGGUGAGAAACAACACAAAUGUGAACUCUGUGAUUUUUCUACAUUGGAUAAGCACGGUUUAAAGCGGCACAUGGUAACGCACACUGGGGAAAAGCCACACAAAUGUGAUAUUUGUGGCUUUGCUACAGCACAAAUGUACAUGUACCUUUUGAGACGACACAUGGCCAAACACACUGGUGAGAAGCCUUACCAAUGUGAGCAAUGUGAUUAUUUCACAACAGUAAAAGCAUACUUAAAGAGUCACACAAUGGCUAAACACAGCAAUGAGAAGCCAUUUAUAUGUGAGGUUUGUGGUUUUGCCGCUGCUUUAAUAGGAGGCUUGAGACAGCACAUGGGCACACACUAUAAGCCUUACAAAUGUGACCUGUGUGACUACUCUGUCUCAGUGAAAUUUCAUUUAAAGCGGCACAUGGCAGCCAAACAUGCCAGAGACAAAAACUAGAGUGUAUCUACCUGAACAAAGUUGAAGAUAUGGUAUAUAAUGAGCUA